UCUUCCACCCCACAGUGUUACACGAACGCCCCGAAUAGCUUGUUCAUCUUGCACCGUCUUCCAAGCUGAGGAAAUCGCUAAAGAGUUUCUUUUCAACUGCUUUCAAGUAGACGAACUCUCCAAAGGCUUAUCCUUUUCGGUUUUCGAGACCUCGCACGCUAUCUAUCUGCUUUGACGCGUCGUUUUGCUGUCAUUCGUGAAACCGUGAACGAAAUGGCUCCAGUCCAGAACAAAACAAAUUCAUCGACUGCAUCCUCUUCGUCGAGCCACGACACCUCGCCUCGAAGAGGCCGCGAGUUCCCCUCCGACACCUGGGAAUCCUUUCUGCCAGUGUCUCGACGUGGACGCUUCUUCCAGGAUUCCUUCUUCGAGAACACCCGGUCCCACUUCGACGAUGCUGUCAGAGAGGCCCUCAGCAGGUGGGACGACGACAGCGACUUUCUGUCUGAAAGCUGGCACGAUGCGGGGUCGCCGCUUCUCAGCAACUUCAGUCGAUACAGACAGAUGAGAAACAGACACGUCGACGACGACAGCCUGGCUGUCACCGUCACCUCCGACAACAACGUCCACAAGAUUGUCCUGGAUGUGCACGACUUCGUCGAAGGCGAUCUCAAGGUGAAGGUCGUUGGCGACAGGGAGCUCCUGGUGGAGGGUCGCCGGGAAAAGGCGCAGGAGGGCGCGUCAGCCACAUCCUCUCAGAAGUUCAGCCGUCGCUUCGCUCUUCCUGAGGGGACGGACAUCGGAGCCAUUGAUUCCGUGAUGUCAUCAGAUGGCAUCCUAACAAUCACAGCGCCUAAACUGGGAAGAGCCGGGGCGACUUCCUCCCAUUCGGAGACUAAGACGUUCUCCAGCAGUGCUUCUAAGGCGAGACUCGGUGAGCGAGAGCCCUGUGAAUGCGACAAAUGCAACCCCAAGCUCCGCUCGAGAGAGAAUGUUUGCCGGGGGAGUUCGGAGAGGUCGCAAUCGCGAUUCUCGAGCGACGGUUCCAGGGAGACGAGCGAGCAUCGGCAGAAUCAGUCGGAAUGCACCAGAAUGGCAGACAGGAUGGAUGUUCCUAUCAACGCCUUCUUCAACUCUCGGCCAAUCACAAGACGAGGGAGAUUCUUCGACGACUCCUUCUUCGAGGACACCCGCAGCGGUUACCGAACCGCCAUCCAAGACAUCCUUUCGAAGUGGGGCGAGAGGUCGUCUAGCAUCGACGACAUGACCUCCUACAGAAACCUCCGGACGCGCGACCUCAGGGACGACAACCAGGCCGUGAAAGUCAUCGAGGACGAGUUCCAGCACAAGUUUAUUGUGGACGUGCAAGACUUCAUGAAGGACGGCGAGAUCAACGUCAAAGCUGUGGACGACCAAGAGCUGGUGGUGGAGGGUCACGUAGAGAAGCAAGAGGGAGCGUCCAAGUCCAUCCAGCGGUUUUCGAGGCGCUUUACACUUCCGAAGGACGUCCACCUCGAGUCCGUGUCUUCAGUGAUGUCCUCCGACGGUGUGCUAACCAUCAUUGCCCCUAAAAAGAAUGCAAUUGGGCACAUGAAAGAAUCACACACGUCUGAAAAUGCCCGGAAAUUCGUACACGACUCUGAGGUAUCUGAGAAAAUGUCCGAGUGCAACAUUAAGUCCUCGAUGCAGGACAUAAAAUGUAGCCAUUCGGGGUACGAAGACAAAAGCAUUCGAGCUUCUUCCACUUGUUCUUCAGUCUGCGAUAAUACACUCCAGGAGGGAGGCGAUAUGGCUCAUCAAAGUUCAGUAGCUUCAAAUGCGUUCAAGGCCGAGUCUUCCAAAGAGGCACACGUGACUGGAGGUCACAACGUUGCUAUUGUAGUGGAAUCCUCUGAAAGCAAAGUCAAGGAAAAUGAUGUGCAAGAUUUAGAACACAAAAGCAACCGAGAGAUUCCCCUUGACAUGGAAGAAGCCAGGCAGAUGGUUAGGGAAGAAUUAUAUGGUGAACAAAGAAGCAAGGACAUGUUAGAUGCAAAUCAGAAGAGCAGCAGGCGGAGCAGCAUCGACGAAAUUGAUGCUGACAUCAGAAGAGUUCGUGAGGAGAUUCUGGAAUCGCGUGAGAAGCGAGCUGGAAGUGUAAGGUUUGACGAAGAUUUCAGCACUGAGGACAUGGAUGGAAACAACAUCAACUUCCAGGAGAACUCGAAGCACAAAGAAAAGACGCUGAGGACUAUUCUCAAGACUCCCGAGAGAUAUCUAUGUGAAAAUGAUGAAAGGCAAUCAAGGGAAAGAAGUCUCGUAGCCGAAGACACCCAGACAGAGGACCGCCGCACCCCAUCCCGGGACUCCAGGAGAAGACCUUCGUGCACUCCCCUUAAUCCAGAUACCAAAAGAGUCCUUCCCAUUAGCUUCAGGGGCCACUUUUGUAGUGACGCUUUCUUUUACGAUUAUCAGGAGAGCUUCAAGACUGCAAUCAGCGAUGUCCUGCUGAAAUUCAACGAAAAGUCAGCCACGACAGAUGACAUCACGGCUUACAGAAACUUGAGACUUCGUGAUCCCAAGCUGGAAAACCAGGCAUUCCACGUUCAAGAAGAUGAAGGAGCUCACAGGGUGGUGCUCGACGUCAAAGACUUCAUCAACGGUGAAAUCGAAGCGGCAAUAUACGAGGAGAAGGAGCUGGUGAUCCAGGGGCGGGCUGAGAGGCAGCACGGGACGAAGUACACGAUCCUGAGCUUCCUGCGUCGUUUCCCCCUGCCAGAGAACGUGGACACGGACGCCAUCACAGUCGUCAUGUCCUCCGACGGCGUCCUGGUCGUGGUGACGCCCUGGAAGGGCCACUCAGGCCUGUCGGCCAUCAAGAACAUCCUGUCGACGGAGGACAUGUCCUUCUUUGACCGCCACCGCGACGUCGACCGCCGGUGGGACGAGGCCGACUGGGAGGCUUCCAAGGCCUCCGAGGAGUUCUUGAAUCGCUCCCUCGACAGUCGUCUGAGGUCGAGGCUUCGACAGGCCACCGACGACCUGUUCUCACGAAGCGAACGCUUGAACGAAGGGGGGGAGACAUUCCUAAUCAUGACGACCAUCCAAAAGACGACCACCACGAAGGUAACCAAAACGACUACGACUGAAACGUCGUGCUCCUCGCCUCAGGUCACCAUCACGAAAAAGGGCAACUUCUUCAAUGACUCCUUCUUCGAAGACAGACGACAAGAUUACCAGGUGGCCGUCAGGGACGUUCUAUCGAAGUUCGGGGACCAGACGUCGAAGACGGACGAACUCCAGAGCUACAGAGAUCUGAGGACGCGCGACUUGAGAGAGGAAAACCAGGCCGUCAGGUCCACCCAGGAUGACCGUUUCCAUAAGAUCGUGAUAGACGUCCAAGACUUCACCGUAGGAGGAGAAAUCAACGUCAAGACGGUGGAUGAGACGAAGGUGGUCAUCGAGGGUCAGGUCCAGAGGACAGAGGGCAACUCGACCUCCUCCAAGAGCUUCAAGAAGACCUUCAUCUUCUCUGAUGCCGACAUGGAGAACAUCACGUCCGUCAUGUCCUCCGACGGCGUCUUGACAGUCACCGUCCCCAAGAAACAACAGGAAAUGCAGCAGAUAACGAACGUCGAGAGGAAGGUCACUAAGACCCUCCAGCAGACCCAGAAUACUACAGACACCAGCUCCACCCAGCAGGGGGACAAGAGGCUCUGCAUCACCCAGAGAGGCAACUUCUUCGACGACUCCUUCUUCGAGGACGCCAGGAGGCCUUUCCAAGAGGCUGUUCAGCAGGUGCUCCAGAAGUCCAACGUGACCACCUCCCAGAGCGACCAGAUCACCACUUACAGAGACCUGAGACAGAGGGAGCUUAAGGACGAGACUCAGGCUGCCACCACGAGCGACGACCAAAGCCAACAUAAGAUCAUCGUGGAUGUGCAGGAUUUCAUCAAUGGAGGAGAAGUUGUUGUGAAAACGGUGGACGACAGAGAAGUGGUGAUUGAAGGCAGUAUCAAGAAACAAGAAGGAAACAAGACGUCCUCCAAGAGCUUCCGCAAAAGAUACGUUCUUCCGGAUGACAUCCAAACGGAAAACGUCACCUCAGUUGUCUCAGCUGAUGGUGUGCUCACAAUCAUCGCCCCGAGAAAGCAACGUGCAAUUCAGCCCAGAGAGGCAAAUGUUCCACUGGCAAUACAGCAGACAGACAACAGCAAGCAGGUCGUAGCCUCCAACACCACCAACACAGCCGUCCAGUCUGUCAACCAGACCAACACCCAGAAUCAAGUGGCUUCACAACAGAACAUAACAGUCCAGAAAAAGGUGACAACUGUAACUCAGCAGAGCAACGUCACGACUGAUGGUUCCACGUGCAGUUCACCAACAGACAGGUCACUUCCCAUCUCGAAGAAAGGUGAUUUUUUCAACGAUUCCUUUUUCGAAGAUGCCCGCAAGCCUUUCCAGGAGGCAGUCAGGGACGUCCUUCAGAAGUCCAAUGUCACCACUACACAGACCAAUGAGAUCCAGACCUACAGGGACCUGAGAAAGAGGGAGCUCAAAGAAGAGACUCAGGCUGCCAUAACCAGCGAUGAUCAAAACCAGCACAAGAUCAUUGUAGAUGUGCAGGACUUCAUAAAUGGUGGAGAAGUGACUGUGAAAACUGUAGAUGAAAGAGAAGUAGUAAUAGAAGGAAGCAUCAAGAAACAAGAAGGUAACACCACCUCAUCAAAGAGUUUCAGAAAGCGCUAUGUCCUUCCAGAAGACAUCCAAACAGAGAGGGUCACUUCCGUUGUAUCUGCUGACGGUGUUCUUACCAUCAUAGCCCCAAAGAAGCCUCAACCAAUAAUGCCAGGAGUAGUCAAUGUGCCUCUGGCCAUCCAGCAGUCUGAUACGAACAAGCAAACGAUGGUCUCUGAUACCUCUAAUACAGCUUCACAGUCCCUCAACCAGACCACUAGUACCCAGAAGCAAGUAGUAUCUCAGCAGACACAACAGACGCAACAGACACAGCAGCAGAACGUAACUGUUCAGAAGAAAGUUACAACGGUUACACAGCAGAGCAAUGUCACAACUGAUCAGUCAUCCUGCAGUUCUCCUACAGACAAAUCUCUGACCAUCACCAAAAGAGGAGACUUCUUCAAUGAUUCAUUCUUCGAAGAUGCUCGCAGACCUUUCCAGGAAGCCAUCAGGAAUGUCCUCCAGAAGUCUAACAUUACGUCAACUCAGACUAAUGAGAUUCAGUCCUACAGAGACUUGAGACAAAAGGAGCUCAAAGAAGAAACACAGGCUGCUACAACAAGUGAUGAUUCAAACCAGCACAAGAUCAUCGUGGACGUACAAGACUUCAUUAACGGAGGAGACGUUGUUGUGAAAACUGUGGACGACAGAGAGGUGGUGAUUGAAGGCAGUAUCAAGAAGCAGGAAGGAAACAAGACGUCUUCCAAGAGCUUCCGUAAACGAUACAUUCUUCCAGAAGACAUCCAGACAGAAAAUGUCACUUCCGUUGUGUCAGCUGAUGGUGUCCUUACCAUAAUUGCUCCCAAGAAGCAACGUGCAAUUCAGCCCAGAGAGACAAAUGUUCCACUGGCAAUACAGCAGACAGACAACAGCAAGCAGGUCGUAGCCUCCAACACCACCAACACAGCCGUCCAGUCUGUCAACCAGACCAACACCCAGAAUCAAGUGGCUUCACAACAGAACAUAACAGUCCAGAAAAAGGUGACAACUGUAACUCAGCAGAGCAACGUCACGACUGAUGGUUCCACGUGCAGUUCACCAACAGACAGGUCACUUCCCAUCUCGAAGAAAGGUGAUUUUUUCAACGAUUCCUUUUUCGAAGAUGCCCGCAAGCCUUUCCAGGAGGCAGUCAGGGACGUCCUUCAGAAGUCCAAUGUCACCACUACACAGACCAAUGAGAUCCAGACCUACAGGGACCUCAGAAAGAGGGAGCUCAAAGAAGAGACUCAGGCUGCCAUAACCAGCGAUGAUCAAAACCAGCACAAGAUCAUUGUAGAUGUGCAGGACUUCAUAAAUGGUGGAGAAGUGACCGUGAAAACUGUAGAUGAAAGAGAAGUAGUAAUAGAAGGAAGCAUCAAGAAACAAGAAGGUAACACCACCUCAUCAAAGAGUUUCAGAAAGCGCUAUGUCCUUCCAGAAGACAUCCAACAGAGAAAGGUCACUUCCGUUGUAUCUGCUGACGGUGUUCUUACAAUCAUAGCCCCAAAGAAGCCUCAACCAAUAAUGCCAGGAGUAGUCAAUGUGCCUCUGGCCAUCCAGCAGUCUGAUACAAACAAGCAAACGAUGGUCUCUGAUACCUCUAAUACAGCUUUACAGUCCCUCAACCAGACUACUAGUACCCAGAAGCAAGCAGUAUCUCAGCAGACACAACAGACGCAACAGACACAGCAGCAGAACGUAACUGUUCAGAAGAAAGUUACAACGGUUACACAGCAGAGCAAUGUCACAACUGAUCAGUCGUCCUGCAGUUCUCCUACAGACAAAUCUCUGACCAUCACCAAAAGAGGAGACUUCUUCAAUGAUUCUUUCUUCGAAGAUGCUCGCAGACCUUUCCAGGAAGCCAUCAGGAAUGUCCUCCAGAAGUCUAACAUUACGUCAACUCAGACUAAUGAGAUUCAGUCUUACAGAGACUUGAGACAAAAGGAGCUCAAAGAAGAAACACAGGCUGCUACAACAAGUGAUGAUUCGAACCAGCACAAGAUCAUCGUGGACGUACAAGACUUCAUUAAUGGAGGAGACGUUGUUGUGAAAACUGUGGACGACAGAGAGGUGGUGAUUGAAGGCAGUAUCAAGAAGCAGGAAGGAAACAAGACGUCUUCCAAGAGCUUCCGUAAACGAUACAUUCUUCCAGAAGACAUCCAAACAGAAAAUGUCACUUCAGUUGUGUCAGCUGAUGGUGUCCUUACCAUAAUUGCUCCCAAGAAGGUGACUGUAGUACAGCAAGGCAGGGAGGUUGUCGUUCCUCUGUCAAUACAGCAGAAAGAGUCUAGUAAAAAGGUCAUGUCCUCAAACACCACAGACACACAAGCCGUCGACCAACGAUCAAUUGACGUGGCUUCCCAACAAAUUCAGCAAAACAUUUCAGUUCAAAAGAAGGUCACAAGAGUUACUCAGCAGUCUCAUGUCACUACAGAAGGGGGGAGUACAAGGUCGCUGACCAUCACGAAGAAAGGAAAUUUCUUUAACGACGACUUCUUUGAGGAUGCACGGACACCCUUCCAGGAUGCUAUUCGAAGCAUCCUGGAGAAAUCCAAUGUCACCACGUCACAGACCAAUCAAAUAGCAUCCUACAGGGAUCUUCGUCAGCGCAAUCUUAAGGAGGAAACUCAGGCAGCAACUGUCAGCGACGAUGACAAACAACAUAAGAUCAUUGUAGACGUGCAGGAUUUCAUUAACGGUGGAGAUGUUUCGGUUAAGACAAUAGACGAAAGGGAAGUGGUCAUUGAGGGAACCAUCAAGAAACAAGAAGGGAACAAAACUUCUUCUAAAAGCUUCCGGAAACGAUACAUUCUGCCGGAGGACAUUGACAGCGAAGCCGUGACAUCUGUGGUCUCAGCCGAUGGCGUCAUGACUAUUAUUGCUCCCAAAAAGAUUUAAAGUUGUGUAGAUAACCCAAACAAGAAAUUUUCCAGCCUUUGUUGACAUUGUUACUGUACUUUUUUUUCGUAACAUAUCCUUUCUUUAAGUAAAUUAAGUCCAGUUUUGAGGCUCCCCUUUCCUAAAGGCCUGUCCACACGAGCGGGCCUGAUCGGCGUGCUCCGGGGUUGACGGGCAAAUUCUGGCGGGCGUAUCCGUGAAUGUUGUCCACACGGGUGAGGCGAUGGAGAGGCGGGCGUGCCCGACGAUGCCAGUUGUGUGUUCAGUGCGGUACGAUAAACAUGGUGCCUACCGCAAAGAUGAUGAUAUUGUGUAGCAUGAUAAUUGCUUUGUGUGUGAUGAAAAAGAAGAGAAUAUGGUGCAAAGAAUUGCUCUGUGAAAGAAAUGUAUAUGGUUAACGUAACGUCUACCAGGGUCGAAGCUCAAGCCAUCGGGCACCACCAUGGUGAUUUUGCUACAAGACCCAUCGGGCAAUUUGACGGUUUGUCCGUCAAGUGUGCCCGUUAGAGGGGAGGUCUGCCAAUCAGGCCCGGUCGUGUGGACAGGCCUUUAGUCUGUAUUAUCUUUGAAAAUAAGUUAUAUUCAUUGUAAUUACGGUAUAAAGAGUCUACAAGGCCAGUUUCAAUUUUUAUAUGUCUAAUAGCAUUUGUUUUGUUGCUCUAAUUUUAACAUAAAUAAAAUUAUUCUAA